AGCCCGCCCCUUCCCCAUCCGCCGCCGCCGCCCGCGAUGGAGAAGAGCUCCAGCUGCGAGAGCCUCGGCUCCAGCCCGGCUGCAGCCCGCCAGCCCAGCGUGGACUCCCUCUCCAGUGCUUCCACCUCUCACUCGGACCAGUCAGUGCAUACAAAAUCUGCUUCGGUUGUGUCAUCAGAUUCUGUCUCCACCUCCACAGACAACUUUUCUCCAGAUUUGAGGGUCCUGAGGGAGUCUAAUAAAUUGGCUGAAAUGGAAGAACCUCCUUUGUUGCCAGGAGAAACCAUUAAAGACAUGGCCAAAGAUGUGACUUACAUCUGCCCGUUCACUGGAGCUGUAAGAGGAACCCUGACAGUUACAAACUACAGACUAUAUUUCAAAAGCAUGGAAAGGGACCCACCGUUUGUCCUAGAUGCUUCUUUAGGUGUGAUCAACAGAGUGGAGAAAAUUGGAGGUGCUUCCAGCCGUGGUGAGAAUUCUUAUGGGCUGGAGAUUGUAUGCAAGGACAUUCGAAACUUACGGUUUGCUCAUAAACCUGAGGGACGAACUAGACGAUCCAUAUUUGAGAACUUAAUGAAAUACGCUUUUCCAGUAUCCAAUAAUUUGCCCCUUUUUGCAUUUGAAUACAGAGAAGUUUUCCCUGAAAAUGGCUGGAAGGUGUACGAUCCUAUUUUAGAGUACAGAAGACAGGGAAUUCCCAAUGAAAGCUGGAGAAUAACCAAGAUAAACGAGCGCUACGAGCUUUGUGAUACAUAUCCUGCCAUUCUAGUCGUGCCCGUGAAUAUUCCAGAUGAAGAAUUAAAGAGAGUGGCAUCUUUCAGAUCAAGAGGUCGCAUACCAGUUUUGUCAUGGAUUCAUCCUGAAAGCCAAGCUACAAUCACGCGCUGUAGCCAGCCGAUGGUUGGAGUGAGUGGAAAGCGAAGCAAAGAGGAUGAAAAGUAUCUUCAGUCCAUCAUGGAUUCCAAUGCUCAGUCCCAUAAAAUCUUCAUCUUUGACGCGAGACCUAGCGUUAAUGCUGUAGCCAAUAAGGCUAAAGGAGGGGGUUAUGAAAGUGAGGAUGCCUAUCAGAAUGCUGAAUUAGUUUUCUUGGACAUUCACAACAUUCAUGUUAUGAGAGAAUCAUUGAGAAAACUGAAGGAGAUCGUAUAUCCUAACAUUGAGGAGACUCAUUGGCUGUCCAAUUUGGAAUCCACUCAUUGGCUGGAACAUAUCAAGCUAAUUCUUGCCGGCGCUCUUCGGAUUGCUGAUAAGGUGGAGUCGGGGAAAACCUCCGUGGUUGUGCACUGCAGCGAUGGUUGGGACCGAACAGCUCAGCUCACUUCUCUGUCCAUGCUCAUUCUCGAUGGCUACUAUCGAACAAUACGAGGGUUCGAGGUGCUUGUGGAGAAGGAAUGGCUGAGCUUUGGGCACAGAUUUCAGCUGAGAGUUGGCCAUGGAGAUAAGAAUCAUGCAGAUGCAGACAGAUCUCCCGUUUUUCUCCAGUUCAUUGAUUGCGUCUGGCAAAUGACAAGACAGUUUCCUACAGCAUUUGAGUUCAAUGACUGUUUCCUGAUGAUCAUUCUGGACCACCUGUACAGCUGUUUGUUUGGGACGUUCCUGUGUGGCAGUGAACAGCAGAGGGUGAAGGAGGGCCUUCCAAAAAACACUGUGUCACUGUGGUCUUACAUCAAUAGCCAACUUGAAGACUUCACUAAUCCCUUGUAUGUGUGCUACGCCAACCAUGUCUUGUAUCCUGUGGCCAGCAUGCGCCACCUAGAGCUUUGGGUGGGAUAUUACAUCAGAUGGAAUCCAAGGAUGAAACCACAGGAACCUGUCCACAGUCGAUACAAGGAACUUCUUGCCAAACGGGCCGAGUUGCAGAAGAAAGUGGAGGAGCUCCAGAGAGAGAUUACCAACCGAUCGACCUCAUCCUCGGAGAGAGCUGGCUCUCCUGCACAGUGUGUCACUCCUGUACAGACAGUUGUAUAAUAUGGACUUCUGUUAUUUCCCAGGACCACCUUAAAAGGGCAGCUCUAGUAGGAAACCCUUUGAAUUUAGAUCCUGGUGUCUUGGAGGCACCAGCUACCUUAUUUAUUACAUUUCUCUCCAGGGUAAUUUAUUAGUACUGUAGCACUAGAGGAAGCUUAAGCUGAAAAAAGGGCAGACCCCUAUGCAAUCUUUUUGGUGGCUAGAUGAUGCUAAAACUAAUUGCACUUGCCAUCUAAAAACAAAAGCGAGCGCUCUCACUGACUUAGCUUUUAGAAAUCAUUUUGCUUUGAAUGAGUGACUACUGCUUGGCAGGAAGUAUUCUAUAAGGAACGUGUCUACAGAGGAGGAGGAGGACUCUGAAAAUUCUCCACCUCGCUGAAAGGAGACAAAAAGAGACUGAAGUAAGAAAUCAGUCUGCAGAAUUCAUAUCUGAUCCAAACGUUUAGAACAGAGCCAUUGGAUAGUUUGACUUAUCAGUGUCAAUAUAGAUAU